AUGGAUUACCCGGCAAUGGAGCCGGAGCUCGACGACGACCCAGACAUUGCCGCCUGCAAGGAGAAGUUAAAGCAAUUCCGGUUGAAUGAGCUAAAGGAUGUCCUGUUUGAGCUUGGACUUCCGAAGCAGGGAAAGAAGCAGGAACUAGUGGAAAAAAUCACAGCACUAUUGUAUGAUCAACAUGAUCAAGUCUCUCAAAGUUAUGGCUUAGGAAAGAAACCGGUGGCUGAAAACGAAGUGCUGAAAAUAGUCGAGGAAACAUUUAGAAAGAUGCACGAUCCUGUAAAUGCUCUUUCAGUCUCUGGAAGCCAGAUUGAGCCAGGUCAUGGUGUAAAGCCUAAAAAGAAACCAGAUGAUUCUACUCAGUUGGCUGUCAUGGUCCGUUGCCCCUGUCGUAACUCAAUGGCCACUGGAUCCAUGAUUAAGUGUGAUAACCCACAAUGCAAUGUAUGGCAACAUGUUGAUUGUGUCAUCAUACCUAAGGAGCCUGGGGACAGUGUUCCUCCAGAAUUACCUUCCAGCUUCUAUUGUGAUAUGUGCCGAAUUAGCAGGGCAGACCCUUUCUGGGUCACUAUUAACCAUCCAUUACUUCCAGCAGCAAUAACUCCUUCUAUAGCAGCGUUAGAUGGGUUAUAUACUAUCGAGAAAACAUUUCAGUUGUCAAGACUUCACAGAGACAUGAUACUGAAAGAUGAAUAUGACAUUCAGGUUUGGUGUAUCCUUCUCAAUGACAGAGUUCCCUUUAGGAUGCACUGGCCUUUAUAUUCUGGAAUGCAAGUUAAUGGUAUUCGUGUCAAUGUUGUCAACAGGCAGGCUACACAGCAGUUAGGGGCCAAUGGUAGAGAUGAUGGUCCUGUUAUAACAGAUUAUUUGAAAGAAGGACCUAAUAAGAUUGUUCUAACUAGUAGCGACUCUCGUGCAUUCUGUUUCGGUGUCAGAAUUGCCAAGAAGAGAUCUCUGGAAGAGGUCCUAAACUUGGUGCCAAAGGAACAGGAUGGUGAGAAGUUUGAUGAUGCCCUUGCCCGUGUGCGUCGUUGUGUUGGUGGUGGAACUGAGGAAGAUAAGGCAGGCAGUGAUAGUGAUAUCGAGGUUGUGGCUGAUUCGGUCUCUGUAAAUCUCCGAUGCCCCAUGACUGGUUCAAGGAUUAAGGUAGCUGGUAGGUUCAAACCCUGUCUUCACAUGGGUUGCUUUGAUUUAGAAGCUUUUGUGGAGCUUAAUCAACGUUCACGGAAGUGGCAAUGCCCAAUUUGCUUGAAGAACUAUUCUGUAGACAACAUGGUCAUUGAUCCUUAUUUCAACCGCAUCACUUCAUUGAUUCGAAGCUGCAGAGAUGAUAUAUCUGAAAUUGAUGUCAAGCCUGAUGGUUCCUGGAGAGCCAAGGGUGGAGCUGAACUGCAGGAUCUAAUUCAAUGGCAUUUACCAGAUGGUACUCUCUGUAUGUCCACAGAUAUAAGAUCCGAAUCCAACAUCGUUGUUGCAAAUCAUGAGACUAAAGAAGGACCAUUGCCUAAAGAGCUGGGUUCUCGUCUUAAGUUGGGGCUCAGAAAAAACAACAAUGGCAAGUGGGAAAUUAGCCCGAGAGGGGGCGUUAACUCGAUGCCGUCUUAUGAUAACGAUCAGAGAAGACACCCUGAAAGUGGGAACGGUGCCACCCUUACAAGCAGUACUGAUCAUGAGAACACAAAAGAUGGAAGUUAUAAUUCAGAACCGGGACAAUUUGACCAGUCUACGAGCAAUGCAUAUGACCUCAAUUCUUCUCCCGUGGGUAAAGAGCAGGGUUUAAUAGUUCUGAGCGACUCGGAUGAUGAAAAUGUCAAGGUCUUGUCUCCUAGUGCCUUUCUGGGGGAUAGUGGGAAUCUAUUUCCAGUACCCAACCCAGGCGAGACAUCAGGAAUGCUUGAGGAACAACCUGAAGGAAGUUCAUUUGAAUCCCCAUUUUUUCUUGGUGAUCACUUUGUUGACCUGGGACUUUCAUUUUGGGAGUAUCCUUCAAGUACCGAAGAUAAUCCAGGCACGAAUGGAACGGACAAUCUAGGUGAAGCGCAGAACUGCCCUGCCGACCAACUAUCUCUGCAUGAGCCAGUUUCUUCGGUUAAUCUGGGUGUGGCAGCAAACCUGCCGGAAAAUGGGUAUGACAGUGACUUGGGGGUAUCUCUUAGUCUUGGUUGCUCUGAUGAAAGUUUAAAUAAUGCCAAAAGUGAUCCUCAGAAAAGGAAGAACCCUGGAGAUGAACUCCCAGCUUUAGAUGCUUCAGUUCUCACGAACGCGGUGGAUGACGACGGCGACGACUCAGCUGGAGAUAGAUCUGGCAGCCCUUCCUCAUCGUCUCAGCCGCCACGCUCCGUUCGACAGAGAUUGAUACAAAACGUCGAGACAGAUUCCGAUUAG